AUGACCAUCCAUCUUCCUCUGGAAAUCUACACCCAGAUCUUCAAUGUUUUGCUCGAUGACCUGUAUGAUCCUGAACGUCCUCAAGAGGCAUUUAAGCUUCGCUUCAUUUCCAGGUCAAUACAAGGAAUUGUUGACCAGGUCUUGUAUAGAAUAAUUAAAUCACCCUCAUACACCGGGGUGAAUAUUCUUUGCCGCACGAUAAUACCAAGGCCUCGACUUGCCGCUCGGGUUGAGGAGAUCCACCUGGAAGAAGACGAAGAGGCAGAAUCUGACGAAGAGGAUGAGGGGAAUACGGAUCCAGAUUCUGAUUCCGGUUCAGAUUCGAAUGAAUAUUCAGACUCAAAGGUUCAACGAGCGCUUAGGAUAGAAGAAUCAAAGCUCCUAGCCGGAGCAGCAGACCACCUCAAAAACAAAUUCACUUCUGAUCCUUCACACUCUCUCGCCCUUGAGAAGAACGACCUCUCCUGGCUCGCGCGAUCAACCCGAAAAACCAGAAAAUGGCUUCUGCUCUUCCAGCUCUCCAACCUCAAGUCUCUCACAUUGGAGACCCACACCGACACAUUCACCAAUAUGGCCUUGUUUCUUCGUCUUCCCCGCUUGGAGAAGCUAGACUUUGCCGUGCUAGCCCCUGGCCCUGAUGGCCCGUCAUGCCACAACUACGCUCCACCUGAGGAGAUCCUAGAGAGCAUAAUCCGCCAUACUGAUCAGCUGAAAUCUCUCAGGUUCGAAGACAUGAGUGGAACAGUCUUCUUCCCUGUUCAGCAUGACGCACCUAAGCUAAAGCGGAUUCUUGAGCAGCACGCCGCGGACACGCUUACAUACCUCUCAAUCUGCCUCUGCAAUAAUGACGAUAAGGACUGGCGGCAGGAGCAGGAGUUCAGCUACAUUAGGGGUCUUUUCGGAUCCAUGAAGAAGUUCACGAAGUUGAAGGGGCUUGUAAUGCAGCUAGAGGUCUUGCUGGGUAAGCCCAGCGAGAAUGAUGGGCUGAGUCUCAAGAAUGUACUACCCUCGCAAUUGGAGUAUUUCACUGGUUUAAAUCUUCCCGAUUACCAUGGAGCGGAGGAUUCGGAUAGAAUCUGGGACGAAGGGCAGUAUAUACCGCAAUUUGAGGAUCUGGCUGAAGCAGCGAUGGGAGACGAUCGAGCAUUUCCCUCAUUGAAAUCCGUCAAGAUGCAUCUACACCGGAAGGAUUACUUCAGCUCUUAUGGGGAGUGUCUUAUGAAAGGGCAGUAUAAUGACGGAGCGCUGGGUGACUCGCAGAUCUACUUUGGUUUCGUGCGCGGUCCGUAUGCUUAUGACGGGCCAGGACCAGAUUAA